AUGGCUGAGAAUGGUGGAGAGCUUGCAGCAAAAUCCGGAGCAAUUCUAGAGAACGUGUGGGCGAGCUUUAUUGGUGGGGAUGGAGCGUCUGGAGGAACAGGAAAUGCACCAGAAAAUUGCAGAUCAUGGGAAGAAUUGCCUAGUCUUGAUGGGAGAGAUGGCUCCAUGGAAAUUCUACAACGGCUACCAAGUCUUGGAAGGUGGAUAUCAAUGGGAGCUGAGGCCUGGGAAGAACUCAUUGAUUCACAAGAUAUUGUCCGUGAAAGGUAUGUUGUGGAAAGGUCUUGUAAUGACAGUGUAGAAGGAAAUGGUGCCGGUGGCGCCGGCUCGUGCUUACAAAAGACAAAUGCAAGAGUCGAGAAGGCGGCAACACGGCACUACAGGGGAGUGAGGCGGCGGCCGUGGGGAAAGUAUGCUGCAGAGAUUAGAGACUCUUCAAGAAAAGGCGCUCGGGUUUGGCUCGGGACGUUUGACACGGCGGAGGAAGCGGCUUUAGCUUACGACAAGGCGGCGUUGAGAAUUAGAGGCCCCAAGGCAUAUCUUAACUUCCCACUUGAGAUGGUUAGACUUGAUUGCUCAGGAAAUUAUGUGAAUUGUUCUUCUAUAACUCCUCAAGAAGGCAGUGGGAAAGUUUUCAAUCCUCGAAAGAGAGCAUUGAGAGAGUGGGAAGAAGAUAUUGGCAUGGUGAUUGAACAGCCUCCUGCACUGAAGAGAAUGAGAAGCAUGGAAAAGAUGCAGGCAAAUGGAUUUGAUCAUGUUCUUGAGUUUCAGGACUUGGGGAGUGAUUACUUGGACAGUUUGCUGUCUUCUUUUUGA